CACCCCCUAAACACACACACAGCCUCCGUUUCGCUCACACACACUCCCGCCGAGCUGCCACAGAGCCUCCGCCGCUCCGCGCCUCUCCAUCUCCGCGCCGCGCGUCCAGCUGUGCGCACAUCCGGCUCCGGAGCUCCAAACCAGGGCUGAAGAAGAAAAAACUCCCGCACGGGCUGAAGGAAGCAGGAGGAAGAAGGAAUAUGACCUCUAAAGAUAUGGACAGUAUGAAUCUGUCGGGGUACCAGAGCAAUGUGCUGGAGGAAAAUUUUAAAAAAGUCAGACAUCCGGCCGGGACGGAGCUCAUGCUGAUCGCUGCGGAGGCCGGGCUGUCAGAGGAGGAGACAAAAAAAUGGUUCAGCCUACGUAACGCACAGUGGCGGCAGAAGGAGGGUCUUCCGGCUGAACUGAGAUCAGUGUUGGACCUGUCCUGAACCUCCUGGACGCCUGAAGCUCUGCGCCGACCUUGUUUCUCCUGGAAAAAAUGGACCCUAUCACCUCCUCCUCAAACACUUCCCCUCUCCAUGUAUCAUUCUCUCUUUUUUAUUUUUAAAUCUAUGAAGCUAUUUUAACUUGCUGUACGGAAUGUGAAGGUGUUUGUGUGUUGUUGCCAAUAUAACCGCCAUGUUUACAGAAAUAAACAUAUUGUUAUUAUAA